AUGCCGCUUGGUAUUCAAGACUCCGACAUCGACGUUUGCCCACCGCUGGCUUCUGAGAUCCAUGUCCCAGGUUCUUACGAGAGGAUCAAUGCUAUCAGACGCGCCCUUUCCCCCAGCUCCUCGAGAUCAUCGCCUAUCGCACCCGCCGACCAAUUGAUCCAACCCGAUAGAUCAGCGUAUGGCCAACCAGCGGCGUCAGUAAAUUAUCCGGCAUCGAGGAGUACCACCGCAGACAACGAACAGCACCGCCGAGAACUCGUGUUUGCAAGCUACGUCGAGUCGGGCAAACUAACGGGACGCGCGCUCGAGCUCUUCCACAAGUCCAUCCUCUCUCUCGAUCGAGACUCUGCAGCAAGGCGGACAUCAACCGGUCCAUGCUCCGACUCCUCCACUCCAGCGGCAGCAGCAGCAGCCACAGCCGCAACAGACCCAAACACUCCUUUCAACUUCGCCCCCUUCUUCACCGUCCUAUACCAACAUCUCAUCCUCCUUAUCAACCGGCCCUCGCUUUCCCUCAACCCGUCCAGCCCUGAGUUCUGUUCUGGCCUUCAAACCUGCACCGGAGCCGCGCGGGAGAUUCUCUCCGCGCUAACCACCCAACAAGAAAGCGGCCAGGCGUUCUUUCGGCCAGGCUUUCUCUCGGCAGCGUGGAUGUCCGGUCUCAUGCUCGCAUCCGCAUGCCAGCUGCAACAAUACGUCCUGACCAAAGCAUCCCAAACGGAACCGGCGACACGUAACAGUUAUGUCGACGCAUCAGCAUCGGCGCAACAAUCGCUGGAUCCGGGGGUGCUUGGCCAUCAUCACGAGCGAGCCAGCAGGGGUGGCUACAACGAAUUAGAGGAUAGGGUGUCGUUGUCGGAGGGAUUCUCGGCGCUGGAGGGUGUGGACGUUGAUAUGAUUGAUCUGUUGCAGGGGAGUAAUUUCGAUGUUCUGGCUGAUAUGUUCGGACAGCAGUAUCCCUACUUUCUAGAGCGAAGAAUGCAAAUAAAUGCAUUGAAACAUCCUUAUGAUAAUCUAGUCAUACGUAAUCGCCUACGGCAUUCUACAGCGAUAAACCAGAGAUCAUAA